AUGAUUGAAGAGAUGCCACGAAUAGACAGACAAGCAGUCAGGAGCCUGUUAGGAAACCUACCAACGACUGUGGAUGAUGUCUAUAAUUCCAUUCUUCACAAAGCCUCGAACCAAGCCCAGGCCAAGAGACUGCUUCAAAUCAUUGUGGCGGCGACCCGACCACUUCCAGGUAACAAGCGCAUCAUGAUCAAACACCCCUAA